CCCAAAGUAAGAGCAAUCUGCGCCAAUUUCGCUCUGUUUCAGUACCUACCUAUUUGAAAGCCUUCUUGAAUCGAGCAAUGAAGGCUGAAUCCUGAUUCAGGAGUUCAAAUCUUGCUUCCUGCGGAGUUCAUCCUGCACAGCUCAGAUCUAGGUACGGUAGACAGGCGCCCAUGUGAGGAGACGUUUUGAUGUCAACAGGCUGCUGAGUCAGGCUCGUGGUGGCGUUUUUGAGAAGCCGUAGAGACAUUGCAGCCAAUGCAUCAGGCUUUCCUUCUUUGAGCAUUUUCCUUCAAGAGCAAGGACCACCAAGGCGUUUGACCAAUCUUUCAGGAAAGCUGGUUGAACGCGCACAGAUGGAUUCUAAGUACAUUGUAGAGGUCGCGCCUGCUCAGCCGGCGACUGGCAACAAUCCCUACUCAUACGGUCCCACAUAUCGGUAUUCUGGCUCAAAGGAUGGGUUUCCGACAAUCCCUGGGGUGACAAACCUUUACGAGAAUUUCACGAGGUCGGUGGAAAAGUAUCCUUUGAACAAGGCUUUUGGCUGGAGAGGGAAGGUCGAUGGCAAGGCUGGCCCUUUCAAGUGGAUGUCGUACGCGGACGCCGGAAAGGAAGUGGACAAGAUUGGCUCUGCCUUGAACCAUAUUGGACUCAAGCCUGGCAUGAAAGGUGGUAUCUAUGGCAUCAAUUCAGUGGAAUGGAUGCUGGCCAUGCAAGCAUACAACUCGCAGAGCGUGUUCUGUGUUCCCUUGUAUGACACGCUGGGUGAGAACGCCGUUGAGUACAUCCUGAACCACGCCGAAGUUGCCAUCGUAUUCUUCCAAGCGGAAAAGGCAGCAAAGUUGUUUGAGGCCCUGCCAAACGCGAAGACAGUAAAGACUGUUGUGAGCUUUGGCGACUUGUCGUUGGAGUUCAAGGAGAAGGCUGCGAGCUUUGGCAUGACUGCGUACAGCCAGGCUGAGUUCAGAGAGCUGGGAGCAGCAAACCCUGCGAAGCCGGUGCCGCCCCAGGGCAGUAACCUGUGCACCAUUAUGUACACCAGUGGCACGACGGGAGACCCCAAGGGUGUUGAGAUUACUCACUCGGCUAUCUUGAGCUCCAUUGCCGCUGGCGCACUCUACUUGAAGGAUGCCAACUACGAAUUGACAGAGCACGACAAGUUCUUGUCUUACCUCCCACUCGCUCACAUCAUGGACCGGGUCCUCGAGGAGAUGUUCAUCUACCUGGGAGCCUCGAUUGGCUACUGGCAGGGUGACGUCAAGCUCCUCGUGGAUGACAUCGGCGAGCUCAAACCUACGCUGUUCGCUGGCGCGCCUCGCAUCUUCGACAGGAUCUACUCUGGCAUCAAAGCGAAGGUGAACGAGAGCGGGGGCUUGAAGAAGUGGCUCUUCAACUUUGGUUUCGACAGAAAGCUCAAGAGUCUGCAGGCAGGGAAGCGCUUUGAUCAGGCCGCUCCGAUCAUGGACGCCCUCGUCUUCGGCAAGGUCAAGCAGCGCCUCGGUGGCAACGUGCGGCUCAUCCUGUCAGGGGCUGCCCCUCUUGCCCCCCACGUCGAGGACUUCCUCAAGGUCACAAUGUGCGCGCCAGUGGUUCAGGGAUAUGGCCUGACCGAGAACUGCGCGGGCGGGUGCAUCGCCAUCCCCAACGUUGCGUCCAUGGCCAGCACCGUCGGGCCCCCCCAGCCGCAGCAGGAGGUCCGGCUGGCCGCCGUCCCGGAGAUGAACUACGACCCGAACGGCACGCCCGCGCGGGGCGAGGUCUGCUUCCGCGGGCCGGCGCUGUUCAGCGGGUACUACAAGCAGCCGGAGCUGUACAGCGAGGUGGUCGUUGACGGGUGGUUCCACACGGGUGACAUUGGGGAGUGGCAGCCGAAUGGCGCGCUGAAGCUGAUCGACCGGAAGAAGAACAUCUUCAAGCUGUCGCAGGGAGAGUACGUCGCUGUGGAGAAUCUGGAGAACGUGUACGGACAGAACACCCUUAUCAACCAGAUCUGGGUUUACGGCAACAGCUUCGAGCCGUACCUGAUUGCCGUGGUGGUGCCCAACGAGGUGAACCUGAUCACGUGGGCCAAGGCCAAUGGCGUCGACGGCGACUUCGCAACGAUCGUGAAGGACCCCAAGGCGACGAAGUACGUCCUGGGAGAGCUUACGAAGACCGGCAAGGCAGCCAAGCUGAAGGGCUUUGAGAUCGUGAAGGGAGUGCACUUGGAGGGCGAGGAGUUCUCAGUGGACAAGGAUCUCAUCACCCCCAGCUUCAAGAAGAAGCGUCCCCAGCUGUUGAAGCACUACAAGACGUAUAUCGACGCGCUGUAUGAGGAGCUGAAGAAGACUCAGACCUCCUAAGAACUGCUCGGUUGAGGGUCGUAGCAGCAGCGUUGUCCUGUUGCGAUUGAGGCUUUGCAACAACGUGUACAAAGGACGAGUGCUAGAUGCGUAAAGGCGGGCACAUUGAGCAGCAUAGAAGCAGAUAUUUGUUCAUGCAUGUCAGCUCAUGUCUUUUGAUAGCUUUCAGGAAAUCAACAGGUCAACCCCUGAAUAUGUUUAGGAUCGUAGUGACUCCGAAGAUUGUGUCUUACUGGCAUGGUGGACCGUGGGUGCUCUCUCUUGGUGGGUGCUCUCUCUGGCGUUGGUUACUGGAUACACCGGAUACACUACUUUGCUCACGGUUGCUAAGAGUUUUGUGGAAUAGUAACCCUAGCGGGCGUGAAAGGCCGGGCACCAUAAGACUCCAGUACAAGCAGUGUUCGUUACGAGACAGACUUAGCGGUGUUGAAGACGACCUUUAGACUCUCGAAGACAGUGCAAAAUAUUGAACGAACAUCGAAUACUCGCAUCCAAAACAUGUUGCAUAUACCGUAUAAGUUUGCAGUCCAGGAUGGCCGCGC